AUUCCCGCUAUAUAUACAGGCCAGUGCUUGGUUCCGAUCAGACGACAACCUGCACUGCCCUACAUCACUUUGUGCGAGUCUACAAGUCCAGCCUAUACCAGCAUCACCAUGAAGACUGUAUUCUUUAUUCUUGCUUUGAUAGUUUGUGCCGUCGUGGCCGACAACUACAGGUGCCCCAACCCUGGUGACGCCUUCGAAUGCUUUGAGUCUGACGCCACUGCCAGGUUCUGUGUGUCUGGUAAGCGUGGAGCCUACGUCAUCUGCUCCAAAUGCAGAAGGAAAUACGAAUUCUGCGCCAACGGAGCUAAAGUGUCCAAGAGACCGGAAGUUGAAUGCAGAGCAGAUUGGGCCUCAACUGAAUGUACUUCUGAUAACAGUGAUGUCCCCUCUGUCAUGUAAAUAUUGAGGUGAACUGUCACACAACGGCAUCGCUGUCUCAAUGAGAUGGAGUAAACUCUUGUGCCGUGUAUUUGCAUUGUUGACAACUAAUUUAUCAAUAAAAUGUUUUAACUUA